CAGGAGCUCUUUGUCUCUGCAGAUGGAUGGCCCCUGGGAUCAGGCACUGCGCAUCCAGCUCCUGCGCUGGAUCGAGCCCAACCCAGCCCCUCUGCUCCGUGGACUCUAUGACUGCAGGCUCCUCAGUCAACCAGAGUACUUCUCUCUCCUGGAGACCAACCCCAAGGCCAACCAAGUCAUUGCUCUUCUGGACAGAGUCAGCCAGGAGCCUGUGGGGAGAGAGAGAUUCUUACAGGAGUUGAGGGCCCUGCAAGAGGUCUACUGUCCGGAGCUGCAAAACUGGCUUCAACAGAACUGCCGGGAGAAAGAGGAGAAGAGGGAAACGCCUCCAUCCCAGCCAGAUGCUAACCACUCCAAAAAAAGUCAUCCAUCCUUCUGGAAAUUCUGGAAACAUAAGAAAUUCAAGAUUUCAGAGAAGUCUCUUGAUGAGGGAAAGGACAGUGAUUUGACUUUCCGAAGAGGCCAGAGCCGACAAGUUAAAGCGGCCUUGCAGAGCCACCGCCGCUGGCUGAUGACCCGCACGGAGAAGCUCUGCACCAAUGUGGAUGACAGUGAAUCCUGUGCGCACAUCGAGAUCCGCUACACUGAACUGCUGCUCUCCAACAGUUCCAGCUCUGGCUCCACCAGCCACGACUACCUGCAGCUAGCCUCUCGCCGUGCUCGACUCUACUCCCUCCAUGCUCCUCGCCGCCUGGCCUUACAACAUGUCUUCUCCUUGUUGCCUGGGGAGUGCUCUCCACCUCACCGGGUGAUGUUGAGUGGCGCAGCUGGUAUCGGCAAGAGCGUAGCAGUCCAGAAGAUCCUCCAUGACUGGGCACUGGGCGCAGCCUUCCAAAGAUUCCUUUGCGUGGUGGACUUCUCCUUCCAAGAGCUUGGCCUCAUGACAACGCCCCAAAGCCUCAAGGAUCUGAUCUGCAGCAAGCAUCCCCACCUCAGCAAGGUUCUUCACGAGUUGCUAGAUCAAUCUGGGGAGCUGAUGGUGAUCUUAGAUGGUUUGGACGAAUUCAAGCACCCGUUGGAAAACACCUGCUCCCAGGUGGACCAGCCAUGUCACAUCAAAUAUCUGGUGCAAGGGCUUCUCUCUGGGUCUUUGUUGCCAGAAUCCACCAUUGUGGUCACCUCCCGGCCUUCUGCCACCCUUCUGGAAGAUGCUUUUGACCGCCAUUUUGUUAUCCUUGGCUUCCAAGAAGAGCAAGUGAAGGAGUAUUUCUCCCGUUUCUUCCGGGACCCUGAGCGUGCUGCAGCUGUGCUCAGCUAUAUCUCUGCCCAAAAGGGCUUAGCCAGCCUCAGUUUCAUCCCCCUCUACUGCUUCAUUCUCUGCACAGCUCUGGGGGAGUUCUUCCCGCAGGCUGGGGUGAGGGAGGCCUCCCCACCCAGCACCAUCACUGAGGUCUACCGUCAAUACUUAUGCACUAUCCUUCGGUCCUAUGCAUCUGUGCAGCAGCAAGCAGGAGGACCAAACUGUGCUCUGGGAAGGACCCCAGAUUUGGUGUUACAGCUCGGCAAGCUUGCUUAUUUUGCUCUACUGAGAGGAAAGAUCCAGUUUGACACUGACGAGCUUCGUGAGUUUGGUUUUGACCCCCAGAACUUGCCCGGUGCUUUCUUGAACCGCAUCUUCACUAAGGAAAAAGAUGACUACUAUCGUUUCUUCCAUUUGACUGUACAGGAGUUCUUAGCUGCCUUGUACGCGGUGGCUAUCCUAGACCUGAGUGCUCAGGAGCUAAGAGCUUGCUUGGAUCUCUGGUGGGAUGGAACGGUUCGAGAUGGAAAUGAACAUCCAUCCCUAUCCGAGAACAGACUGCUCUGCUCCACCAGGGAGCUCCUGAAUGGACACCACCAGUGGGACAACCUGCAAAUGUUCUCCAGGUUCUUCAUGGGCCUCUUGACCUCCAGGAUAGAGGGCAGGCUGGUGGGACUGACUGGGGGUCUGACGGGAGAUCCCCUCAUACAAUUGGCUGCCUGGCUCGCGGACAAAAUUCCGUACGAAUCUGACCAGAGACUGCUGACCUUGUUGCAUUGCCUGGCAGAGUUGCGCCAAGAUUGGGUGACCCAGCAGGUGGCUUCCAAGUUGGACGAGGUGGAUCUGUUCAAGGUGACCUUGAACCCAGCAGACUGUGCGGCCCUGGCCUACGUGCUGAGCUGCUCAGAGCCGAAAACACUCCGGAAUCUCAACUUAAGCUACAGCAACAUGGGCAUCGGGGGACUGAGGAGGCUGCAGGGCCUUCUCCAUCGGUGUGAAACUCUGCAGCUAAGAUACAACUCUCUGGACAGGGAAGCAGCAGCCAUAGAAGCUGCUGUGCUCCGGUCUCCACAGUGCCAGGUGAAACGGCUGCUGUUUUGUGGCAACUGCCUGGGUUCAGAGGGCGUGAGGAGCUUAUGGGAUGCCCUCCGGGAGAACACCACCCUCCAAGAGCUCUAUUUGGAUAUCACAGGCAUUACCGACAGCGGCUUGGACAAUAUCCUGGUUUCCCUGGAAGGCAACACGACUCUCAGGCUCCUGACCAUCGUGGGGAACCGGUUGAGUGAAGCUGGGAAGCGAAUCCUCGCUGAGUUGAGCCGCAAGAAGCCGGACCUCAAGAUCAUCAGCAGUUUCCUGACCGACAUGGGGCUGCUCCAAGCCUAUCUGGACUGGGUGGAGGAGAUCAAAGCCGACCCGGAACAGAUGGAGUCCGUCAAGAAUGCAGAUGCCUUGCGCUCGGUGCUGGAGGUUCUGCCAGAAACCAGUGACCCGGGAGCCAGCCCAGAGGCUUGGGAAAGGGCUGAGCAUCUGAAGAAACAGAUCAGAGCCCUCUUGAGGGAGGGCAAACUGUGUGAAAGAGGACACCACGAGGCCUGCUAG